CUAUACAUCUUUUCUCUCUCUAUAAUAAAUGCAUCAGUGCUCCGGUGAUUUACCGGAGAGGCGAGACCUUGCAAGCUGCUUUUUCAAGCGUCAGUGGCAGAACGUUCUGAAUAUCACCAGCGGAUAGAAUGGGGGCAAAGACAGCCGGCAAAGGUAAAAGCCAGAGCUCCGGCAGCCAUCAGACAGCUGCAACACCGCAAGAAGCAUCCCUCAAGUGCCCUAGAUGUGAUUCCUCGAACACAAAGUUUUGCUACUACAAUAAUUACAGUCUCACACAGCCGAGGUAUUACUGUAAGACAUGCAGAAGGUACUGGACAAAAGGAGGAACCAUGCGAAACUUACCAGUGGGUGCGGGCUCUGUCCGUGGACGCUGGCGGAAAAACAAGAAAGAGAAGUCUUCUUUGAGGGUUUCACAGCAUUACUCUACUGGAUCAUCUAAUACAGGUAAACUGAACUACCAGCCACGGAUUUUCACUGUACAAGUAUUUCACCCUUUGGGACUUUAUCAACUGCAUCUGGCACUACUAAAAUGUGUACUGACGGCAAUGGAAAAUCUUCAACAGACCCUUGUUUUAAUCUUUAUACUCCUUCAAGAAAUUCUCCUUUUACGGGCUCCAAUUUUCAUCUUCCUUGUGUGUUCAAACAUGGAGCGGGCACCCCAGAUUUAAGUCAUGGAGUUCCAAAAAUUGGCUCAUUACUGAAUCCUUAUUGUGAUAUUGCGACCUACUUUGAGUCGUUGAUUUCUAUCAAUCAAGACAUACAUUUGAAGUUACAGCAACAGAGAUUAAUUACUAUGGGAAUUUUCAACCUAGGUUUCACCCAGAGAAUUUUUGACAAAAGUUCUUCAGGGACGAAAAUUUGGGGUUCAUUGGCAGCGGAAAGUAAUGUCAUUUCUACUAAUCUUGAACAUCAGAUUCGGAAACCAAAAUCCAUUUCGUAUCAAAACUUAAAUUCUCCAAAAUCGAAGGCUUUUCGAAAUUCUUCAAACAAGGAAAUUUGGUCAACAGAAGAAAGAAGUGCCUCAUCUACUAAUCUUGAUAAUCAGAUUCAGAAACAACCCAGCUUAGCAAAGGAGUGGUAUUUUGAUAAUUGUUAUGUUCCAGCAAUUGCUAAUAAUGAAAUAAUACAUAGCAAUGGAAAGGGAAAUGGAAAUAAAAAUCCUUGAAUAAAUAGGAAGUCAUUGCGCAGUCAUAGCUAGCAGAGGAAAAUCAAGAAAGGUAGAACUUGACUUGCUCCGCGAUUGAAGUAUUUUAGAUGUAAUAGUCAUAAUUCUGUUAUUCGAUGCUAUCGACAUAUAAUGCAAAGACUAUAAACCUCAAUCUUUUUCUCUUUUGAUCUUGAAUACUUGGAGCUGGUCAAUAUAUAAUGUUCUAGCAAUAAUGCUAUGGGUACAUAAGCCAAUCCAUAAAGGUGUCCAAAAUGCUGAGGUCGCAUUUUUUCACCCAAUUUCUCGGCACAAGUGGGAACAAGACCAAACAAUAAAAAGGAAAUAAAAAAUGUCUGAAACCCAACAAAUUCAAAUUGAAAUUAGCCCUACCGUACAAACAUUUCCUUUUCAUUUUCAUUCACUUGUUCCCGACAAAUACGCUUCUUCGUCGAAGGCGAUCCCAUUCCCGGCGACUCCAGAAUCUUCAACACAGUCCAAAAUUAAACUCGUUCUUGAGAACGGUAUUAGUAAUCAACCCAUAGAAUGAGUGGGUUUCUCUUUUUGUUUGGUAGAUAACCUUUUUAUUUUCCGUUUUUGGGUUUCAGUUUUCCCAAUUUGGUCACAGAUUAACGCCUAUAGCUUCAACGACGGUAUGAUUCAGCUUCCUCUUCUUCUAAAAUGGAUUUUCGUUUUCACGAGACUGACAGCAAUUUUGUUUGUCCUUUUUUUUUUUUUUUUUUUCCACGAGCUCUGACAGCAAUUUUGUUUUUUUUUUAGUUUUGGUUUUUUGGGUUUUAGUUGCACGAUGUUCUUUUUCCCUACCAUUUAGAUGGGAAGUCACCAAAGCACAAACACUGUUGACUGUUGUCGUAUUUAUUUGGUUAUAUGUGAUCUUGUUAGAGUGGCGAUUUACUGUACAGAAAUUGUUCUCUGUGGUUCAGUUUUCGGCUACAUCUUAUCACGACCAUGUCGUCCCCAUUCAGCUAUACAGUCGUCUUUUGAUUAUACUACUUCAUGUGAACUUAGAUUAUGCUACUUCAUAUGAACUUAGAUUAGUGUAUUUCCUGUGAAUGUACUGUAUCGUAUAAUAGUAUUACAUGACGUAGUUUGAGAAUCAAUGCAUUGUGAAUGUAUUGUAUCAUAUAAACAUAUUAAUUAAGCAAGCUGAGCCCUGGCUAUUUUUCGAUUUCGAUACAAAUCUUCCACAGCUGUAAUAUUGAAUGGCUGGAAAGAAUAAGGGUAUCUGCCAUAGUUGUCGAGAUCCUGGGCAUCAACUGUAUGACUAUCCAAAAAAAAAAAAAAAAAAAAACAAUGUCAUAACUGUUUACAAGGAAUUGUAAAAAUGAUGGAGGUUGAAAAGAAGACGAACAACAUAGGCCGAAUAUUCUUGUGUUGUACAAAAGAUUGUGGAUAUUUCGACCGGAAUGACGGGAAGUCCUCGAAGAAGAAACCCUUGUCGUUUGAAGGACAGUCCAAUAAUUAUUAUGAUGGAAUGCAAUCAAGCCCUGUUGGGACGUCUCCAAGCAAAGUUAAAGCACCAAUGGAUGACUUGUUGAAAAGUGUUGCCGAAUUAAAGAAAGAGGAAGAGGAUGUGGAGAUAUAAUUCAACAUAACUAUUCGGAAGGGAAAGGGAAAGGGAAAGGGAAAGUUGGAAGAUAUCGCCAAGGAAAAGCGUAGGGAGGAGAACUGAUUUUUAUGUUCAUGUUUAUAUUUAUGUAUAUGUUUAUGUGUCUUAUGUAGUUGUAGCUACCCGUCGAACUUAUGUAAUUGGAUAUUUUAACGACACUUAUGUUUAUUUUAAUGUUGAGCCACAUUUUAAUUCCAUGGUUCCAUGUUUAUGUUCA